GAAGAGGAAGACUGACAGAAAGAGAAGAUGGCUGAUAAGUGUCACUUGUGUCUGCUGGGACUGAUCUUUCUCUCUUCACUUCUCACAGGUUCCAGUGGAGUGAAUGAGACUUCUGUGUUCAUCAGUUCUGGUGAAGAUGUCCGUCUGCCCUGUAAUAAUGCUCUUUCUGACUGUAAAUCAACUACAUGGAACUAUGAAAGAUUCAGAGAUUCAGCAGCAGUUGAACUGUUUGCUGGGGGGAGAAAGAAGACAGACAUAGAGAAACAUGAGAGACUGAGUCUGGGGUCUGACUGCUCUCUGAACAUCAACAAUGUCACAAAACGAGAUGGUGGACUUUACUUCUGCAGACAAUAUGUGAAUAAUGAACAACAGGGAACUGAUGCUCGUGUUUAUCUUCAUGUUCUUCAUGUCUCUUCUUCAUCCUCACAGACUGAGGUCAGUGCAGGCCGCUCUGUGACUUUUUCCUGUCAGUUUAAUUCAUAUGCUGGGGUCACUUGUGACGAUUGGAUCCGUUCUGAGCGAAUUGAGUUGUUCUGGGUGAACCAGGGUGGUGUUAAACUGACAAACUCAGACUCCAGAUAUCAGAUAUCAGCUCCAGGUCACUGUAUCAUCUCUCUGAAUACAACAAUCCUGAAUGAAGUUGACAACAGAGAGUGGAGAUGCAAUGUUACUCAAAGAAAUCAGCUCCAAACCUCAACCACAUAUACUGGCAAGAGUUCAGAUGAUGAACCUGAACAUUCAACUUCUGGAGCUUCAGAUUUAACGACACUGACUCCAGUCAGCAGCUCAAACUCCGAGACGACAUCAAGACACACUCCAACAGCAGCUGAUAUACAAGACAUGAUCACAGAUCCAGCAGAAACUGAAGUCAAAAGGACUGCUCGUUUAUUAUUCAGAGUGAUUGUGAUUAUUGUUGAGUGUGCAGUGUUUGCUGCUCCUACUGUGAUUCUUCUUCAGAUCAUCUGUGACAGAAGAGCUGAAAACAAAGCAAAACGUCCCACCACGAAGAAAUACUGAUAACAUCCAUUUGUACCUAAAUGGGUGUGUUUUUUUUUUUUUUACCAGGUGAUUUUUUUUAUACUCAUCUUAUGGAUAUUUGCAUGAGGUGUUCACAGUAAUUUUCUUGUGUUUGGCGUAUAAACUGCUUUAAUUACAGUAGUAAAUACAGUACUGUACACACUGACUGUACAAUAAUCUCUGUUCUGCGUGAUGGAGCUGCUUUUGGGCUUCUUUUAUGUUCUCUGUUUGUUCCUGUUUUUUAGAAUUCAUUUAUAUUUUGUACGAUUGCUACUAAUGUUUUUAA